UAAAAUAUGACUGAUCACCCAUACUUAAGUCUCUCUAAAGUCAAGAGUUCUCACUCUCAUCAUGGGUACCACAAGAAGCUGAUAUUGCAGGUAGAUGAAGAUGAGUAACAACAUUUACCUAUGUUUCGUCAAAAUACUAGCAAGAGCAGAAAUCUAGAGAAGGGAACCUUAUCUAGAUCUAAAAUACAGAAUCUUGCUUAAUUAUAAGAUAUGUUUAAGUAAUUUAAACAUUUUAAAUGCUCGCUCUAAUCUUAGAGUCCUGCUAUUUAAAUGAUGAAAUCAAGUAAAAUUUCUAAGAAACCUCAAUAAUAAUCGAAAAGCACUAUAGAUGCAAAGGAGGCCUCUUUUGAAGAUAAAUAGAAAGUGAUGAAUUAAGCAAGGAAAACAAUGUUUCGAAUAGUGAUGGAUAAUAAGUUGCGGAGUUAAUCAAUAAAGGAUUAUGGAUUUAAUUUAAGACCUUUAUUCAAUUAAGUAAUAGAGAAAAACGAUAGUGUUUUAGAAUAGAAGAGUAAUAUUAGUAUAGCUAGCUAGUUCAGGAACAAAGAUAAGAAAAAAGGAAAUCUGACUUAUUUUCAAGAAGUCCAUUCUCGAAUGCUUACUAUGCGACCAAGGCUCUUUCUAAGAGAUCUCGUAUGAAUGUAUACGAACGUUUAGCACAAAAUCUACCUGCUGAUUCACGAUUCCACUACGAAUGA